GUAGAUAACUAUCAUUGUAUAUUAAUUUAAAAAAAAUCAUCAGUUAAAACGUUUUCUUACUUCAUAAGCCUCUACCUAUGUAACACGUGUACGUGCUUUAAUGCCAGAAUCUAGCUUCACAAUAUUAUCAAUCACAGCGCAGAUUCUCUUCGACUCUUUAAUCGAGCAUUGAAACUUGCUCAUUUGUUUCCUAAUAAAUCAUGAUAAUCACGACUUUAUUUCCAUCUCCAUCCUAUUCACCCAUAUACCAUAUAUCCACCACCGAUAUCAGAAUCCAUAGCUCUAGACUUUCCCACGUUUCUAAACCUAGAAAAACCACCCCCUCAUAUAUAUUAUAUAUAUAAGAAGAGCCAUCCCCCUCUCUCUUGCUCCCUGCCUCUCGGAGAAGCUUUGACCAGAGCUCAUCCAUGGCGGCCGCCGUCAAAAUCUCCUCCGUCCUUCCCCGUUCUCUCUCCUUCAACACCAAGGAAGCUCCUCAAAAUACCCUUUUUCCCUCCUCCGCCAAAACCUCCCUAAAACCCUUCACUUUCUCAACUCAUCUCUCCGUUUUCCCCAGAAACCCACUUCCCUAUUCACUAAAAUAUAUGAUUUCUUCUAACAAAUAUUGCUUCACAAUUGAACCUUCAAACACAACUUUGUUUUUUGUUGACGAGCUUCACGAAGAAUGCGGUGUUGUCGGAAUCUUCGGCGAUCCGGAAGCUUCCCGCCUUAGCUGCGCGGCCCUUCACGCGCUCCAGCACCGAGGCCAAGAGGGCGCUGGGAUCGUAGCCGUCAAUCAGAAGGGCCUCGAGUCCGUCAAAGGCGUCGGAUUGGUCGGCGACGUGUUCAAAGAAUCGGAUAUCAACAAUCUUCCCGGCGAUAUAGCCAUAGGACACGUCCGGUACUCCACCGAGGGAGCAUCCAUGCUCAAUAACGUCCAGCCCUUCGUCGCCAGCUUCAAGUUCGGCUCGGUCUCGGUGGCGCACAAUGGCAAUCUCGUGAAUUACAAGCAACUGAGACAAAAGCUCGAGGAGAAUGGUUCGAUCUUCAUUAGUAGUUCGGACACCGAGGUUGUACUUCACCUGAUCGCAACCUCCAAGGCCCAGACAUUAAUGGCGAAGAUCCUCGACGCCUGCGAGAAGCUUAAGGGAGCCUACUCGAUGGUGUUUGCGACAGAGGAUACGCUGUAUGCAGUCCGCGAUCCGUUCGGGUUCAGGCCACUGGUGAUGGGCAGAAGAAGCAACGGCGCUGUGGUCUUUGCCUCGGAGACAUGCGCUCUGUACCCAAUUGGCGCCAAGUUCGAACGAGAAGUAUUUCCGGGAGAGAUGGUGGUUGUGGACAGAGACAUAGUGAGUUCACUGUGUUUGAUACCUCGCCGCGAACCGAAGCAGUGCGUUUUCGAGCACAUUUACUUUGCACGGCCAGAUUCUAACGUCUUUGGUCACUCCGUUCAAAAGAUGCGCCGCCUAUUUGGAGAGAUCCUGGCCACAAUAGAGCCCGUAGACUGCGACAUUGUCAUUCCGGUGCCAGAUUCCGGCACAAUUGCAGCCCGCGGAUACGCUGACAAAGCCGGAAAGCCUUUCGACGAUGGUCUGCAUAAGUCGGCCUAUGCAAAACGCACAUUCAUAGAGCCGUCGCAGAAAAUCCGUGACGCGGCUGUGAAGCGGAAGCUGACACCGAACCCGGCAGUGCUGGAGGGGAAGAGGGUGGUUGUGGUCGACGACUCCAUCGUAAGGGGAACCACCUGUUUGAGGAUCGUACGGAUGCUGAGAGAAGCAGGAGCGAAAGAGGUUCACAUGAGAAUGGCAUGCCCUCCCAUCAUCGCUUCCUGCUACUACGGAGUGGACACAGCUCGGAAGGAGGAGCUGAUCGCCAACAGGAUGAGCAUAGACGAGAUCCGGGAGUUUAUAGGGGCGGAUUCCCUGGCGUUUUUACCGCUGGACAGAUUGAAGGAGGCGUAUGGUGCCGAUUCCAAUACGUAUUGCUACGCUUGCUUCAACGGCGAAUACCCGGUCACUGCAACAGAGGCCGAGGAAGAAAAAGAGAAUAAACUGAAGAGAAGCUUCAAUGGCGAGGGAAUGGAAGGUAGGAGAGAAGCGGCUUUCGUUUAGUAUUUUUCUUUCUAUAAUAAAUGGUUGUCUUGUCUUGAUGAUAAUGAAGAAAAAUAGUAAUAAACUCCCGGAUUGACUUCA